GAAUCCAAAAGUCGGCGUAGGAGUGGGUACUAUACUUACUUCUCCUCGAUUGAUAACGUUUUUCUUGAGAAGGUUUACGUUGUCUAAUUAUGCUAAAUCUAAGUCUACUACAACGAGCAGAGCAGUAUGCAGCACGUAGAUCAUACUUGUCGACAGAAAGAAGCCAUAAGAUGAAGAACUUCUUCUAAAAAAAACCGCCACCUUCUACUAGGUUCCCAGCAGGAGUCUACUUCGCUUCCAACGGAGGAAGCUUCUUUUCUUGAGGAGCCACGCGCUGCUUCAGGCCAUGACAACAAGCAUCAUCACGAUACUCCUGUGCUGAAAGAUGGCCCUGAACAUCAAGGAGACGCAGCACCACUCGUCAAAUUACGGCUUCUUCCACAAGAAAUCCAUCUUCGCAAGCAUCCUGGUAAGAUUAUUUCUUCUAAGGGGGGCAAAUGUUUCAUUACUCUUUAAUUCAGGCUGGAUUUCAUUUGUAGGAGGUCCGUCUAAGAAAGGAUCCUGAACAAGUAGAUGGCGUCACCAUCACAGGUGGCCGUGGCGCAGCAUCUGAGGCGCUGAACAAUGGACAAGAAAUGGGUCCUCAUGUGAAUGAGGAGGAUACCUAUG